AUGGCGUCGUCAGCGUCGCGCCUUCCGCCUCUGCCACUACCAGACGGUAUCGUCGAGAACUACGUCUACUGCCCCUCCAAUGGCCUUACUUUUCACACACUCGAAGCUGGCUAUACUCUGCAACGGGAUAAGCCUCUGAUAAUUCUAUGUCAUGGCUUCCCAGAACUCGCCUUUUCUUGGAGGAAGGUCAUGGUGCCUAUCGCUGAGGCAGGCUAUUAUGUGGUAACCUUUGAUCAGCGAGGAUACGGGCGAACAACUGGUUGGGACAACUCUUCCUACUCCAACACAAACUUAUCGCAGUUUGCUCUGACCAACGUGGUUCGCGAUGUCGUGACCCUGGUCAAUGCUCUGGGUUAUCGAGAGGUCAAGUGCAUUGUUGGCCACGACUUUGGUGCCGUCACUGCAAGCAUGUGUGCUUUGAUGCGUCCGGAUUUCUUCAAGAGCGUUGUCAUGAUGAGUCAUCCUUUUAAAGCGCCCGCGCUCUUGCCAUUCGAUAUAGCCCACGGUGACGGUGAGACUGACGGACACGCGCCACAGCCGGACAUCCACGCUGAGCUGGCAAAUCUGCCUGUGCCGAGGAAACAUUACAAGUGGUACAACAGUACCAAUAGAGCUGCAGGCGAUUGGCUAAACCCAAGCCAAGGAUUGCAUGCUUUUCUCAGAGGGUAUCUUCAUGUCAAGUCAGCUGACUGGAAAGAGAACUCGCCUCACCCUCUUAAGAGCUGGACGUCUGAAGAGAUGGCUAAAGUACCCAACUACUACGUUAUGCCGUUGCACAAGUCAAUGCCUGAUACCAUCGCUGACAUGAUGGUCAACCAAGAUAGCUCGGCAACCGAACGGUGGAUGCCUGAUCGGGAUUUGACAGUCUACGUCCAAGAAUGGUCACGAACAGGCUUUCAAGGUGGCCUCAACUACUACCGAAUUACCACUGAUCCGAACAAUAUGAGAGACCUCCACCUAUUCGCGGGCAAGAAGAUCGAAUGUCCGAGUACCUUCAUCUCAGGCGCUAAGGACUGGGGCAACUACCAGCAACCUGGGGCUAUCGAGGCCUAUCCCGAGUCAUGCUCCGACUUUAGAGGGAUCCGGUUCAUCCAAGGUGCAGGACAUUGGCCUCAACAAGAGCAGCCGGAAAGUGUUGUUGAAGGGGUACUAGGAUUCAUUCGCUCUCUUUAA